AUGUUAAUACUUACAAGUCAAAAGGAUCGCUCUGUGAUCGACCGUAUUGGAACGGCUUUACGAGUCGCUCAAGAAGGUGCAUUCAGUCCUACACUUACUGAAUCUCCCGAACCACCGACAUCACCGACUCAUCUGAAACGUGCCGCUGUAACUACUCUCGAUUCAGCUACUAGUAACAAGAAAGUUCGCUUCGAAGCUGAAACCGAAGACGAUCUUUCAGAUUCCGACAGUAGUUCACUUCAGUGUGCUACUGAAGAGACUACAAGUACUGGUUCUGUCAGCCCACGUAUUCAUCCUAUCGGUUCUGUUUGUCUAGAUGAUGUAUUCUGCUCAGUUCCUGGCCGUCUAUCGCUCCUCAGCAGCACAUGCAAAUACAAAGUUACUCUUGCUGAGAUACAAAGACGUCUAUCACCACCGGAAAAUUUGAAUGCCUCAAUUCUUGGUGGCAUCUUAAGACGAGCCAAAUCAAAAAACGGUGGCAAAGAAUUACGUGACAUGCUAGAUAAAAUGGGUCUCAGCCUACCAGUUGGUCGUCGCAAAUCAGCUACUGUUACACUACUUACAUCUUUAGUUGAAGGUGAAGCCACUCAUCUCGCUCGUGAUUUUGCCUUCAUCACUGAGACCGAGUUCCCAGCUGCCAGCCUCGCGGCUCGUGUCACCGAUCAGCAUCGUAUCAAUAAUGAAAACAUGCAGAGACGUAAAGAAUGCUUGUCAAAUGCCGUGCAAAUUCUCCAAGAAUUCGUCGAUGUACUGAGUAUGACGUCAUUGGGCGAUGUUGUCAGUCCAGAAACAAUUCAAGCCGAUCUUCAGCAUUUCAAUCUAUGCACCCAUGGAUUUGGUGCCCCAGCUAUGAUCGCAUCAAUACAAGCGUGUCUCAAAUAUGUGAAAGCUUCCGUAGAAAACCUCACACCAAUGAAUACGGUACCUGCUCUGGAUCCCGAUGAGAUCGACUUCGCGGCGUUAUAUCAGAAAAUUCAGAUGAAGGGUGUCGAUUCAAGUGUCAUAAGGAGUGUUCUUAAUUCUCCAGCAAUGUUUAAUUUAUCGGCACUUCCCAAGUAG